UGGUUUAUCUCCACUCAAAGUGUUGUCUGAGAAUGACUGUAAUAAGCAGCAAAAAAAAAAAAAAAAAAAUCACACUGGAGUCACAACAAAUCAGUCAUUUUCCCUAAUAAUGAGAAAAGAUCUGAAAUAAUGAUAAUCACAACAUUCAGCAAGACUGAGACAACAUUCUGAGACAUUAGCUACAACAGUCUGGAACAAACAAAUUAGUUUGAUUUAAUUGGACAGUUCAAUGUUGAGCGAUUAUGAACCUCACAAAAAUACAUACACACACUCUAAAAAAAUGGUGCUAAAUUGCACAAAAAGUGGUUCAUUGGCUUGUAAUCAUAGGGGAACCACACUUAUCUUUGUCAUAUGGUUCUAUGUAAAACCAUAAGAGGUGUCAUAGAGCACAUUAUCCACCCCAGAAAACCACUGAAGAACCAAACUGGGCUUAACAGGUUCUAUAUAGCACCAUGAGUCCAUGACCACUGCAAAGAACCUGAAAAACCACUGAAGAACCUUUUUUUAGAGUAUUAAAAUUAGAUUAAAGUUGGCAUAGUUUAUAAAAUGAUCUAACUGAGAUAAAUAAGAAAUUAGCAGCUUUGUGAAACCAUAUGCCUCGUGCAAGUCUUAAUUUUUACCAUAAUGAUUAGAUAUUUAUGUUUUUACAAUAUGUAAAAAAAAUCUGAAUUAAAAAAAUAGAGAGAAAAAAUUUCUUGUUCUGUAAUGCAUUUACCGUCUUAUGUACGAUAGAUAGAUAGAUAGAUAGACAGACAGACAGAUAGAUAGCUAGACAGACAGAUAGAUAGAUAAAUGUCUCUGUCUGACAGCUUCUAAACACUGGAUCCAAGAAAGAGCAUUAGAGGGUAAAGCCAGAUUAUGACUUCUGUUCAACAGCCUGCCUAAACCAAGCAGAUUCCCAGGAUUGGUCAGGACUUGAUCUUUCCGUGGUAAAGCAGCCGUGUGUGGGGUUUCCUCGAGGAAUGCUUACAGGUUUAUGGCACAAGCCAUUAAGACUCACUUUGAGGGUGGAGGAGAGUGUAGAAAGUAUUAACAAAGGUUAAAGGUGGCAAAAGAGCAUAAGCUAUUAUUGGUAGUAUUAUGUUUUGCUAUCAUUUUAAGACGAUUAAACAGCAAAAUACACAGAUUUUUCUUGUUGUUUUUUUCUAAUUUGUUAACCUUAAUCAUGAUGCUGUGCAAACAUGGUAUUUAUUUACUUACACUCUGUUCUAAGACUGGGAUGUUCUGGACUCUGAAGUCUUGGCAUCCUCUCAGUGUUAUAACUGGUCAGGUGUGUUUAGUUGUGGGGAGGAGGAGUUGGAUCGGAUGUAUUCCGCGAGCGCAGUUUACUCUGUCACCUUUCAUAGCAGGUGCGCUCGAGGCAGAGCAAGACACGUGCCAUCAAACACCCGAGAGCUACUUUGCGCUUUGAGUUCGAAAGGUCACAGGACACAGCCUUUGAGUUUUCUUUUCACGGUGAAGAUCAAAUCAUGUGAACAUCUUUGAACCUGAAUGAUAUGUGGAAUAGGGUUUCGCUGAUGUGAAGAAAGUCCUGUGGAUUAAUUUUCUUCAGGGGGUCACAGAGUUUCUCAUCAAAUGCUACAGAAGUGAUUUCACAAAUGCUCCAGAUGUGAUCCAAGUGCAGUGAAAGGCCUAACAGGAAAGAAAAUGGCUAAAAUCUGCACAGAACAGUCAUACCCCUCACAAAGAUCCGCCUUCACUCCUGAGCCAGCUAUUGAAUGGAUCGAGAGAGGAGAAAGCAAUCAGCCACGCCGUGGACUAAUGGGCAGGAUGUACCAGUUCAUUCCGAGGUUUGGAGGAAGGUCUACCAAAUGUAAAGCUUCUGAAUGCAGUGAUUCUGGUGACAUGGAAAAGGAUGCAUCAUGGGAUGACAGAGGACAGGACCAACUGCGCAAGAGGAACUUCAACAAUAAUGCAAAUCAUUGGCCUCUUGCAACACUGAAUAUGAACAACUGCAACAAUACAGAUGACAAAAAGGACGACAGGGAGAUAAAGAAAGAUGAGAAGAAAGAAGAACCAAAAAAGGAUGAGAAGAAAGAAGAACCAAAAAAGGAUGAGAAAAAAGAUGAAAAGAAAGAUGAGAAAAAGGAUGAGAAAAAGGAUGAUAAAAAGAAGGAGGAGGAGAAACCAAAACAGAUAUGGAUAAUGGAUCCAGCGUCAGAUUUGUACUACCACUGGCUAACCAUUGUAGCAAUACCUGCCUUCUACAACCUAAUGAUGCUUAUUACCAGAUCCUGUUUUAAUGAGUUGCAGGAUGAUUACACAAUCCUAUGGUUAGUUCUGGACUAUUCAUCAGAUGCCAUCUACUAUCUUGACACAUUUGUGAGAUCAAGAACAGGUUUUUUGGAGCAAGGCUUACUGGUGAGAGAAUCUAAGAAGCUGUGGGAACACUAUAAAAAGUCACCGCAAUUCAGAUAUGAUAUUUUCUCCAUGAUACCGACAGACAUAAUAAUGCUGAAAGUGGGAUACAACAAUCCCGAACUCAGAUUCAACCGGCUUUUCAAAAUGGCUCGUCUGUUUGAGUUCUUCGAUCGCACUGAAACCAGAACCAACUUCCCCAACAUCUUCCGCAUCAGCAAUCUAGUCCUGUACAUCCUGAUCAUCAUCCACUGGAACGGCUGCAUCUUUUUCGCCAUCUCAAAAACAAUCGGCUUUGGAUCAGACACUUGGGUGUAUCCCAACAUCAGUGACCCCGAGUUUGGCCGUCUUGCCAGGAAGUACAUCUACUGCUUGUACUGGUCCACUCUCACGCUCACUACAAUCGGGGAGACGCCACCGCCUGUCCGAGACAUUGAGUAUUUAUUUGUCGUUUCUGAUUUUCUCAUCGGCGUGCUCAUUUUCGCCACCAUCGUUGGUAACGUCGGUGCCAUGAUUUCCAACAUGAAUGCAUCCCGCGCAGAGUUCCAGGCCAAGAUUGACUCCAUCAAGCAGUACAUGCAGUUCCGAAAGGUCACCAAAGAUCUGGAGGCCCGUGUCGUGAAGUGGUUUGACUACCUUUGGACGGAACAGAAGACCUGCGAUGAGAAGGAAGUGCUCAAGAAUCUCCCAGACAAACUCAAGGCGGAGAUCGCCAUCAACGUGCAUCUGGAAACCCUUCGGAAGGUGCGUAUCUUCCAGGACUGCGAGGCAGGGCUUCUAGUUGAGCUUGUCCUCAAACUCCAACCGCAGGUUUUCAGUCCUGGCGACUACAUCUGCAAGAAGGGCGACAUUGGGCGGGAGAUGUACAUUAUCAAAGAGGGCAAACUAGCCGUGGUGGCGGAUGAUGGAGUUACGCAGUUUGUGGUCCUCGGUGAUGGUGCUUACUUUGGCGAGAUCAGCAUCCUCGGCAUCAAAGGAAGUAAGGCCGGAAACCGCAGGACUGCUAACAUACGCAGCGUGGGCUACUCCGAUCUGUUCGCACUCUCGAAAGAUGACUUGAUGGAAGCAUUAACUGAGUACCCAGAAGCAAAGAAGGCUUUAGAGGAGAAAGGUAGGGCAAUUCUGAUGAAAGACAAUCUUAUCGACGAGGCUGCAGCCAAUGCUGGCGCCGACCCGAAGGACCUGGAGGAAAAGGUCUCCACGCUGGAGACAAAUUUAGAUGUGAUGCAGACUAAAUUCGCUCGUCUUUUGGUAGACUGGACAGCCAGCCAGACAAAGAUCAAACAGAGGAUCGCCAACAUGGAGGCCCGAGUGAAGACUCUUAGGGAGGAGGAUUUAUCCGAGGUCAUGGAGGAUAAGAAGGACAAAUAGUUCUAUGACGGAAUUCUAGACGGAAUUCUCAGGAACAUGGAUUACACAUUUACCCAUAUAGAGAAAUUUGGCAUCAUUUGAGAGGAAUCGGUUGAUCUCAAAAUAGCACAGGAGCAACAUGUACUAUUUAUAGACGAGUCAGUUAGAGAUUUGGCAUUUCACAAGACCUAAAUCUAAUUUGUAA